GGGCGGUGAAUAUACUAUGAUCACCUAUCCACAACAGGCCAACCAUGCUUCCAUUGGGCCUCCUCACUGCCGCCCAAGGGCAUCCCAUGCUCGUGGAGCUCAAGAAUGGAGAGACGCUGAACGGACAUCUCGUGUCAUGCGAUACCUGGAUGAACCUCACCCUGAAGGAGGUCGUGCAGACUAGCCCUGAAGGCGACAAGUUCUUCAGACUGGCAGAAGUAUAUGUUAAGGGAAACAAUAUCAAAUUCCUCCGCGUACCAGACGAGAUUAUAGAUUUGGUCAAGGACCAACAACAAGGACAGCACGGCGGUGGCUACAGGGGAGGGCGCGGAGGCUCAAGAGGAGACCGUGGUGGAAGAGGGGACAGAGGACCAGCUUCUCGACGCCAGAAUUCCACUCUUGCGAAAUCAGUCAACAUAUCGAAUGAUAGAAAUUUUGCAAAUGAGGCAUUGGACGCCGCGGAACCCAGCUCCGAAACCCCUCCGCCGGAAAACUGGGGUGCACUUUCUGUCGUGGAGCUCCACGACAUUCUUCGCACAGUGCGAGACGAGAGCGGCUCAUACCAGAAAACGAUCAACCUAGUUCAGUAUCUGAUUAAGAACAGAGGAGAAAGACCAAAUGUGCGGCACUUCGAUGCACUUAUUCGGGCGAAUGCCGAUGCAGAGAGGGGGAGUGCGGAAGAGGUCGAGGGGUUGCUGAAGGAGAUGGACAAGCAAGGAAUCAUCGGGGAUUCGAGCCUAUAUCAUAGCGUUCUGAUGACUCUCGCCGUACACCCCAACCAUCUUCUCCGGGCGGAAAUCCUAACAGAGAUGAAAGCCCGCUGGAUCUCUCUCUCCCCACUCGGCUACCACCACCUCAUCAUCUCUCACCUUCGCGACCGCGAGUACGAACUAGCUCUAUCCGUAUUCUACUCCCUCCACCAUCGCCAUAUACCAGUGGAACCAUGGCUUUACGAUAUCUUAAUCUACGUUUUCUCAGAAGCCGGCGAGCUUCCUACGGCUCUCUCCAUCCUCCAAUCCCGCGCCGAAGACCCAGACCGCAAUCCUUUAUACCCAGAUCCGCAGGAUGUUAGCCCGGGUGUCUGGCCAUACUUUCUCGAUACUUGUGCUGCGGCAUAUGAUUACGCGGGCGUGUUAUACGUGUGGCGGAAGCGUGUGGAAAUUGAUUAUUUAAGACCGAGCGACGGCACAUUGGCAAAUGUCCUCAACACUGCGGCGCUGGCUGGUGAUCCCGCGCUAGCGACCAGUGCCCUGAAAAUGUUGGCGGAUAGGAAAGGGGAACUGCCUACCAGCAGCUACGAGGCCAUGUUGGAGGCGUAUGCGACAGCUAAGGAUGUGACGAAUGCGUUUCGCGUGCUGUGCAUUAUGGGCAAGGCGGGCGGAGAAAGCACGAGCAAAACACCUAGCUCGGCAACUACAAGGCCUCUAUUCAAGCUUCUACGAGACGAAGGGUCAGAAGGGAUCCAAGAUGCAUGGAAGGCUUUGAAACCAUUACAGGACGAGGGGAAAGAGAUUCCUAUUGCUGCUGUAAAUGUUAUCCUGGAAGCCGCCGCGUCGUCCGGAGAAUUGGCGCUUGCAAUGCGUCUCUACAAGGAGCUGGUUAGCUCCCAAUCCUCCCCCGCCCCGAAGACAGAGCAACCAGAUAGCUCCAUAGUCGAGGGAACUUCACCCAAUAUUCGAUACAAGACAUCACGGAAAGCCCUGCGUGUCCACCCCGACACAACAACGAUCAACGUCCUCCUCCAAGGCUGCACGAAGAUCCGCAGCUCAGCCAGCCCCAAACGAAUGGCAAUGUACCUCGCGUCAGAGAUGGCGCGCCAAGGCAUCCGACCUGACGAGCUGACCUACGACCGACUCAUCCUGGUGUGUCUACACGAGGGACAACAGGAUUACGAGGACGCGUUCCGGUAUCUGGAAGAGAUGACGGCGAUGGGGUGGCAGGGGAGGGUGAGGAAUGGGACGUGGCAUGCGCUUGCGCGGCGAUGUGCGAGUGAGCGGGAUGGGCGUGUGGAUACGGUUUUGGAGAUGAUGGAGGGGUUGGGGUUGGAGACGGGGAAGUUGAGGGGUGUGGUGAGGGAGUUGUGGGAGGCUGGGCCGGGGGAGAGGCGUAGUGCGGGUCAGGAGGAGGUUGAAGGCGGUGAGGAUGAUGGGAUGGCGGUGGAUGUGGAGGUUGGAGAUGGCGUGGAAGGUGGUACGGGAGAGACUGGCAAUGAGACCCAGACGCCACAGGAUGAACAACCUGUCUGGGGCAACCUGCGGAGGAAGCAUGGCUCAUCAUGAUUUAGAGAUAAUCUACCCGUGCGGUUCAAACUUGACGGGGGCACUGUAUAUAUUAGCCACCCAGAUCUUACGAACGGCUUGUAUAAUUUAUUGGCGGUUUGAUUGUUCACAUACAGUCUCUAUUGGGGCGUAUGCUCUAGACGAGUACGUUGUAUUGAUGGUUACAAAUAUAUAACACAAGUAAAUAUUCUAGAUGUAAC